AUGCCAUCUAAUCUCGGACACUCGAUUCGUCUGAUGCUGUCAUCGAGCCUCCGUGGUAACGGUUUGAUCCGCAUUCGUUCAGCGCUAGGCAAGGAAUCAUCAUUACAACUUACCCAAGAUAAUGCCCAUUACCAAGACGAUGCUAAAGACGAGAGCCACCCCGACGAAGACCACAUCGAGUUGAAGAACUAUCUCGACAACGUCGCAGGUACUCUUAAGAAGACGUCAGAAAAUGACUCCAAGAUUGCAGAAGUCUUUAACGAGAAACUAUCCGAGAUGGUCUACGGCUCAAACAUGAUCGAGGCGGUCGGCAGCAGCAGCCUCGACAUCACAAGCUAG